CGGACCAGAGAGCAUUGAUCUGCUGAGUGGACUAAAGAUGGGGGAGCAAGGUGGUUGGCUCGAGCCAAACAGAGCAGACUGGGCGGCCAUCUUGGAUUCCCAGACCCAGGCGUGUGCAGCUAAGGGUCCAGGGGACAACAUCACUGAGCAGGCCAGGACCAGAGGGGACAUAGUGGAUGUCAGUGGAUGGGACAGCAUCCUCAAUUCUGGGCUUGGGAACAACACUGUUAACCACAACCAGAAACAGACAGUUGAACACAAAACAACAACUGAAUUUAGUCUCCAUGACAACAGACUGGCUGAGACCAGGGCGAGGCGUAGAUUUGGUCUGCGGGGACGAGGAGGUGUCCGUAUUUGUCUGGAGAGAACAGACACAGACUUGACUAGCAUUGAUCCGUCCUGCUCCUAUAGUUGUGAUUCAGAGAYACUGAUGGUCCCUCUAACAGCUCUCCUCCUGUUAAACCAGACCUCAGACAAUGCCAGUGCCUCAACACUAAAUGGCUACACAAGCCCAUUGACAAAUUACAUUAGUAGUAAUGCUAUCAGCAAAUACGGAGGCAAAGAGAAGCGCUUCCUGUGUUCAUUCUGUGGGAAAGCCUUCAGUUUCCCCAAACAGGUGAAGAUCCACCAGAGGAUGCAUACUGGGGAGAAACCGUUUGUCUGCCCCCUAUGCCGGGCCAGUUUCUCCCACCCGUCCAACCUGAAGAGGCAUCAGAGGGUCCACACGGGUGAGAAACCCUACAGCUGCCCCCAGUGUGAGAAGAGGUUCUCCCACCAGCACCAUCUGAAGAUGCACCUGAAGAUCCACACAGGAGAGAGGCCGUUCACCUGUACGCUACCUCAGGAUGCACCAGCAGAAAAUGCACACAGCCAUGUAUAGAUUGUAGUGAUAUGUAGUGUAGUACAAGUUAGUUUGUAGUUAAUUCUGUUGGUUUUAGAUGUAUAGAGAACUGGAUGAGGAUAACUGAGGAAAGAAAGAGUAUGAUGAGGCAGAGUAGAUGAUAUGGUGAUGGUUGGUGUGAUCGUGUCUGUAAAAAUGCUUCACUGAUAAAUUGAUAACCUUGUCUUUUGGUUUGAUGCUGGUGUUUUAUAAUGAGGAAAUUAUAGUGCCUUAAUUCAUGUUUACUUUACUACUUUAUGUAAAGAUAUGUGUAUUGUAAUGUUGAACCUUUUCCAAAGCGAGGGCACCAGAUUUACAGAAAAGUUAUUUUACUUGUCAUGUAUCGUUUGUGCAAUAAAAGUACUGAACUUCAUGUUGAGUGUGUGACCAUUGAAAAAACAUGAAAUACAAAAUUGACUCUG